AUGCGAAAGUUGCGUAUAACACGUAGGACGCUAUGUGUGGCCAUUGUGCUGAUCGCAUCUGUUCUUUUCCUGCACAGGUCCCGUCGAAGUCAUUACAUGCAACUGGUUGACUUCCCUGUCGAGCUGGCGCAGCAGCGCAGAACGUUGGCCGAUUCGCCGUUUGCACGUUUCCCGGUCCCAAACAGCAAGGGCGUGUCGGAAGCGGAAUCGCUCCGCGCGUUUCGCUCCCAAAGUCUCCUAGAAAAGUGCCAAUGGUUCUUCCACACCACUUACGCUGAGAGCUCUGACUGGACCAACGACCAGGUACGGGUUCGCUACGAUGACCCCCACGACGAUAACGCCCGGCUUUCUCAUAUCUUCGAGAGGCUGCGUAUGUUCGACACGUGCUUCGUCGAGGGCAAGCUGGCAAUGGAACAAGUGCUGGGACCCCGUUAUAACGCGCACGACUUCCACCGCCGCAUGUUUCCCUUUCUCGCUCCCUUUCAGCAUCAACAAGACCUCUGGCCCAACAUCACACAUCUGAACUCCAAGCGUCAGCUUCCCCAGGGUGUCAAUCCCGCCUGGAACGCGGAUUCCCAAACGCGGUCCACAUUUCAGGUCGACACGUCACGUUCGUUUUGGGAAAACUGGGCAGCCUUCUCGUCUGGGAAAGGUCUCGUUUUGUCGGUGGGAGAGCGACAUCUAGAACUUUUAUUCAGGCUUCUUACCGUCCUGGACCAUCUGGACAACAAACUCCCCAUACAAUUGGUGCAACAGGAGGGCGAGCUAUCGCCGCAAUUUUUUAAGUCUCUGACGCAACAUCUUCAGAAGAGCAAGCAACAGGUCUACUACGUGAACUGCGGGUCAUUCUUGAACCCGGCUUACGCGGACAAGAUGACAUAUUUUGUCAAUAAAUGGCUCGCCACUUUGUUCAACACCUUUUCAGAAAUCAUACUAUUAGACGCCGACGUGGUCCCAUUUGUGGAAGUGGACACUUUUUUCAGCGAGCCCCAUUAUCGAAAGACGGGCUCUUUGUUCUACAAGGACCGCGACUUGUCGGAUGAAUUCACUUUCGAUCACUGCAUAGAAAUGUUCAAGUAUUUGGAACCAUCCGCGGAGGCCGUGCUACUCAUGGACCAUCAAAUGAAAGUGAACACCUCGUCUGUGAGCCCCUCGACGUCCGAUUUCGCGUCGGAAAAGGAAUUGGUCUACAGCCGAUUUUUCUACCACAAGGCACUUCACAACGUUGACAGUGGCCUAGUGGUUUUGAACAAGACGCAGAAAUUAACCAGUCUGUUGAUGUCAUUUUUCAUGAAUCUUGAUUCGAAGACCAUUGGUUGUGUCUACGGUGAUAAGGAGCUCUUUUGGAUGGGACACCUUUUUAGUGGCAAGGACUACACAAUUGAUGCAAACUUCGGGGCAGUAAUCGGACCCUUGGAGACUCGUGACGAGCUCAACGAGGUAGAAUACAAAGUAUGUGCCACUCAGAUGGGACACGUCAAUGAGAAAAAAGAGCUUUUAUGGUUAAACGGAGGACUGCGGACUUGCAAGAUUCCAGAUGCCGCCCAAAGAGAUUUUGAUCAAAAGUCUGACUACUUUGAGUCUCGCUACAACUCCAUGCAACGAUUGACGGAUCUGUACAAUGCGCCUUUGACUCUCGAAGCCUUUAUUAUCCCGGAAAUCUCGACACAGCCGUGGAUUAAGGCCAAUGAGUGCUGCGAAUAUUCCUAUUGUGCCACAGCCAAAAUUCCUGCUGCUCAAUCAAUCGCCAAUCAUGCGAAGGUGGCCGUUUUCGAUACUGAGAUGUCCCAACAUUACAAUGAAAUCGCAGCGGUCUGGAACCGCGAAAUUACAAUAUGA